CUCCUUCUCCAAGCCGAAUUCGUCAUCACCUAUAAAACGGCCACCACCUCCCUCCCGUGGCCUCCCUCUUUAUUUCCGCGGAACGGCGGCGUGCGGGACUUGGUUUCUCGCGGCUUUCCUUUCCCCAUGGCGGAGUUCGGAGAGGAGGACCUGGCCGUCGCGGCCGCCAAGAUUCUGCUCAGCCUCCGGAGCAGGAACCUCGUGCGGUGGCCGGAGUGGAUCGCCCGGCCGUACGACGGUCUCCAGCGGCCAGAGGAGGCCGAGCUGCCGCCGAUCCCGGAGGGAUGGCCGAAGCGGCCGCGGUCGCGGCUGCCUGCGCGGGCUGAAGGAACCGCGUGUCUGCCGUCGCUGAAGAGCCCCUCCGCGCGGCCGGGGCGCCCCGUUCUCGGCGGAUCCGGCGCGUGUUCCGGCGAGGAGGAGGAGGAGGAGGAGGAGGAGAGGGCGUGGUCUGCCCCGAAGCCGAAGCGCCUGUCUUUCACCGCGCGGAGGCCGGAGGUACCGCCGCACUACUUCUCAGGCUCGGCAACCGGGUCCGGCCCUUCCACGAGCGGCGCCGACCGGGCGCGGUCGCGGCGACGGGUGCGCGUGAGCGAGAAGGCGACUGCCACCAGCGUGGAGUCGAGCCCGGAGACGCCCUUCGACUUCGCCAACGCCGCCGGAUCGGGAGCGUCCUCGAGCGGCGACGAAGCAGCGCGGCCGACGGCGGCGCAGGGGUCGGGCGGAGGCGGAGGGCCGUCGAGCGGCACCGAGGGGCGCGGCUCGCCGACGAAGCGCUCGCGGACGGACCUCGCCGCCGGCGAAGCUGCGGCGACCGAGGCUAAAGUGGAGGAGCACAAGAUCAAGGAGGAUUACCGGGACGAGAAGGGCCACCUGCUGUUCGACCUCAACGAAGCUUGGGGUGGUAACUAACAGCAACAGGCGAUCGAGCAGAGGAUUCUGCUUAGCUAUAUAGCUCCUAGUUCGUGUGCUCUCAAAUGUACAUAAAGAGGUCCGGCUAGUAGGAGAGGAGAUAGUAAGGUGAGGGUUAAUUAGCUUAGACAAAGGGGGGUUAGUGAGUGAGUACACUCAUCAUCAUCAUUAGAUUUGUCAGGUUAGUUUAAUCGGUCUGCUCUGUUCGCCUGUGUUGUGCUAUAUGCACUGGAUAUCGUUUGUCAUUCGGAAAGUCGAUCAAUGGAAAUAUGAUGCACAUUA